AUGCGUCCUCAAUCAACCGCAAGCAUGCUCGUGGGACUCCUCCUCUCUGGAAUGGUCUCGUCAGCUGCUGUCUCGAACCCCAAAGAGGAUCUCACCGCCCGGGACCAGGUAGUCGAUAGUACUGGACUGACCCCCCUUACCUUCAAUCUCGACGAGAUCUCGGUUGCAACUCCCGGUCAGACUGUGCAUGACUGCUACCCCGAUGAAGAAGGGUGCAAGGAAAAGGCAAAGGUACUCUCCAGAGCUACCCCUGCAACACGCAGCAUUUGCGCCUCAGGCCAGACCUAUACCCGAUCUGAAUGCCUCAAGUCCAACAUCCUCACGGUCUACUGCCGAGAUGGAAAUGGCCGGGUCUGGGGCAAAUGGGUUGUCUGCGAGGCAACCGAAAUCUGCGUUCAAAACGACCUGGAUCCUCCCUACGCCACAUGCAAGCCAGUCAUAGAUCUUGUGCUUUGGUAUACCAACUCAGCUGGUGGAUCCACGGUGAGCGAGAAAUAUAUCCAUUCGACCAAGAAGCAGUCUACCAGCAGAGUGGGAAACAUGUACUUCGACAGGAAUGGGAACUACAUCAAGCUCUUCCAGACAGAUUUCUAUCGCGAGCCUGGAAAUUUCUUUGUUGGCGAGACUCUCAACGCCAACAGGGCUUAUUCUCAAUCAGUCAACUGGGCGAACACGGACAAUGUGAAGAUCGAUGUCAAGACUGGUGGAGAUGGAGGUAUUUCUGUUUAUACCUUCUUGACCUAG